UGAAACACUAAAGUACAAAACUCUCUCUCAUCAUCCAUCGGGUUGUCCCUCUGUUUUUACGCCGGAUGGCAGUCUGGACCGCCCUUUUCUUCCCAUUAUAAUCCUCCACCUGCUCCUUUGAAGCUAGUUUUACGAACCCCCCCCUUUUUCCCUUCCUUGAAGCAAAUUACGUUUCUUCUUCUACACCCUUGUUUUCAAAACUACAUUUUAGCUCACCAAUUGUUUGAUAUAUUGCCUCAAACACACCCAAGUUCUCCUUCUGCAUGUUGGGUACCCAGUUUGUUUGUUUGUUUGCUUGAGGUGAAGUGAAUCUAUAAUAUAUCCAAAAGAGAGAGAAAGACUGUAUAAAUGUAUAUGGCUGCUCCUGAGAAUACUGAGGCCAUGAAUAACUGGCUUUCUUUCUCCCUUUCGCCGAUGGAGAUGCUCGGCGGCGGAGGCGGUGACGGCGGUGGCGGCGGCUCUACGUCUUCUUCUCAGUCGCAUUUGCUUCAAUCAACAAUGAAACUUAACCCUUUUGACGGAUCAUCUUCCACCGCCCCUUCUGCUCAUUCUCAUCCUUAUUACUACUAUGUUGAUAAUUUCUACUCUAAUGGAUGGGAAAAUGGCAAGUCUCAUCAAGCACUUUACACAGGCGGCGGCGAUUAUCAGAAUAAUCCGGCAAAGGAAGUUACCCAACAAAGCAGCAUCGGAGGAGAUUUAUCGAUUUUCCCUGGUUUUCAUCAGCCUGUAUCGUCGUCAGCUCCGAAGUUGGAAGACUUUCUUGGAUGUGACUCAGCCCUAGUUCGAUACUCAGAUAGCCAAACGGAGACUCAGGAGUCUUCACUGACACACAUCUACGAUCAUGGUGUCUCGACCUACUUUGGAGACAAUCGGGAUCUUAAAUUGAUUACGGCAAAUACUACUUACACUGGUUUCCAGUCAUUUUCUACUAACUCGGGUUCUGAGGUUGAGGACUCGGCAUCUGUGGACGGGUUGAAGCUAUCAGAGGUCUAUCACGGUUCCGGUGGUCAAGGUCCGAGCCGGAUUUUGUCAUUGGGGAAUGGGUUGGAUGGAAACCAGAAGACCCAGAAGGGUAUUGUUUCACUUGAAUCGGGGAGUUGUAAGAAGAAGAAGAUAAGUGAUAAUAAAUUUGGGCAAAGAACCUCCAUUUACAGAGGAGUUACAAGACAUAGAUGGACUGGUAGAUAUGAAGCUCAUCUAUGGGAUAACAGCUGUAGAAGAGAAGGGCAGGCCAGAAAAGGGCGUCAAGUGUACCUAGGUGGAUAUGAUAAGGAAGAUAAGGCAGCAAGAGCUUAUGAUUUGGCUGCUCUUAAAUAUUGGGGUCCUACUGCCACUACCAACUUUCUGGUCUCUACUUAUAGGAAAGAACUAGAGGAAAUGAAACAAGCCACUAAGCAAGAGUUUAUCGCAUCAUUGAGGAGGAAGAGUAGUGGAUUCUCGAGGGGAGCCUCGAUUUAUAGGGGUGUGACAAGGCAUCAUCAACAGGGCCGAUGGCAGGCAAGGAUUGGUCGAGUUGCAGGAAACAAGGAUCUGUAUCUUGGAACAUUUGCAACUGAGGAAGAAGCUGCAGAGGCAUAUGACAUUGCAGCGAUAAAGUUCAGAGGUUUGAACGCAGUAACGAAUUUUGAGAUGAAUCGAUACGACAUGGAAUCCAUCAUGAAUAGUUCUCUGCCAAUUGGUGGAGCAGCCAAGAAGCUGAAGCUUUCUCUUGACACAGAUCAGAAAUCAGUCUUCAACCUUGACCAGCAGCAACCUCAAUGUAUUGACUUCUCCUCUUCCAUUCAGUCUUCAUCGAAUCCUUGUGAUGCCACAGCUCCCCGUUACCACCACAGCCUCUUCAACCUACUUCACACUAACAACAACAAUAAUAACGCGUCUAAUGAUUCUUCGUCGGCUUAUGUUAAUCCUUCAAUGGCCCCACCCGGGGAGUUCUACAUGUGGCCUCACCAAUCCUAUUAACCCGAUCAAUCUAUCUCACUUUAUUUGUUUCUUUGUUGAAUAUUAUGCUGAUGAUGACUGGAUGAUUUUUGAGGGGGGAUAAUCUCUUGUGAUCAGAGCUGACAUCUGACCUGAAACCAUAGAUUAGGGUUUUAACAUGAGAGCAGGAUAUACAAAAGAUGGUUGGUUAGUUUUUGUUGAGGAAGAAGGUUGUUUGUUGUUUACAGUUUAUGUGAUGAUCUGCUCCAGUUUUGCCCAUGUUUGGGGAGCUGAUCCUGAUCCUAUGAUUAUGUUAGUUGAAAAAUAUAAAAUUAACCAAACCUGUGCAUGGGAUUGAUUACACAGUUCACUCCUAUUAAUCUUUUCA